CACCUGUCAAACAAAAAAUCAAAAAAAUGGCAGACGCUGCUGUUGAAUCCGCUCCCGGUGAUGAGAAUGAUGAUAAUUGGCUAUAUGGAGAAACAGCUAACGAUCAGGUGAAAGGAGAUGCACCUCAUGAAAACGCUAAAGAACAGCAACAACCAACAACAGAUGACGGAGCCGCGGAUGCAGAGGAUAAAGAGCAGGAGGAAGGUGAGGGUGGAGAGGGGGAAGGGAAUGACGACUCGCACUUCAACGAUGCACAUUUUGGUGAAGUGGGCCGCGACAAUGAGGAACCUGCCAAUGGUGACGCUGACAGCCAGGACAAUGGGGACUCUGACUCUGAUGAUAGCGACGAUAUUAAAGUUACUAUUGGCGAAAUUAAGUCUGGACCCCAGGCAUAUACUGGCAUGAAUAUAAAGAGAGGUGUUGGCCUAGUAGCGUCAGGGGGUGACAAGCCUCGGCCUGGGCCAGUGGCAGGCAGUAAAGUGACAAUGGAAGACUUGGAUGGCCCAGGCAGCAUCAACGGAGUGCCUGCGCUUGAGUUCAACAUUGAUACCAUAGAAGAUAAGCCAUGGAACAAGCCUGGUGCUGAUAUAUCAGAUUACUUCAACUACGGCUUCAACGAGGUGACGUGGAGCGCUUACUGCGACCGGCAGCGGCGCAUGCGCGUGGGCGAGGCGGGCGUCACCAUGCACCUGCCGCAGACGCGCGCGCCGCCGCCCGAGCCGCGCCGCGUGCAGGGUCCUCCUAUGCCAAGGCACGAUGACAUGCCGUCGGGUGCGCAGAACAACUACCAGGCUCGCGAGAACACUAUACAGGUGAUGACGGCGGAGCGGCGCGAGUACGGGCGCACGCACGCGCGCGACCCGCCGCCGCCCGACUACUUCUCCGCGCCGCCGCCCGAGCACGCCUACUACCCGCCGCCGCACGCGCCCUACGACGACUCCUGGGCUCCUCCACAACAAAACAACUGGGCGCCGACGGAAAUUAAAGAGCUGACUCCCGGUCCGAUGGGCCCUCCCAUGGGCCCCCCCAUGACCAUGGCGCCGCCGGUGGGGCCCCCCCCGCACGCCAUGCCCCCCGUCCAUGUGAUGGGGCCGUCGUAUGUGCCCCCUUAUCGAUCGCACCUACCGCCGCACCUGCACGAGAGAGAGCGCGAACGAGAGAGGGAUAGAGAGAGAGACCGGGAGAGGGAUAGAGAGAGGGAACGCGAUAGAGACAGACAGAGAGAGCGCGAUGAUAGGGAACGACGGGACAGGGAUAGAAGGGAAGAGGAGGAGAGGGAUAGAGAUCGCGAACGCUCUCGCUCCAGUAAACCUGACAGGAUAAGGGAAAAAUCAUACAGGCGCGAACGGUCCCGCUCCCGCUCGCGGCGCCACAAGUCGCGCUCGCGCUCGCCCCGACAACGCGAGCGCUCCCGCGAGCGCGACAGGUCGCGCGACCGGGACCGCGAGCGCAGCACCAAGCCCAAGAACAAAGAACCGAAAGAAAAGGAGGAAGAGAAAUAAAUGUGCGUCUCAAACUGCAUAUUUUGUAAUGAUAAUAAUAUUUUCGUUUAAUAAGAAAUAAAUUGUGUGAAAACGUA